UGAGGUAAGGCGGGCAGGCCGGAGGUGCGCUGGGCUUGGAGUUACUGCGCAGCGCCGCCGAUGAGAGCUUGAGCCCCGGGGGUAAAGUCGAAGAGCGAAGCAGCGACCGUGCCCGUAGCGGAACGGAGUAGAGUAGAACAGAGGCUCCAUCGCUGUGAUAGCUCCUGAGAAUAAAAACCAUGAACCCAGUCUAUAGUUCAGGUGCUUCAGGGGUUCCAUAUGCGAAUCCAAAAGGAAUUGGAUAUCCAGCAGGUUUUCCGGUUGGUUAUGCAGCAGCUGCUCCUGCCUUUACUCCUACUGUGUAUGCUGGUACAAACCCAGCCUUCCCAACAGGUUAUACACCGGGCACACCUUAUAAAGUCUCAUGUUCUCCGACCAGUGGAGCUGUACCACCCUACUCCUCUUCUCCCAACCCAUACCAGGCAGCUGUAUAUCCAGUUCGAAGUGCCUAUCCACAACAGAAUCCUUAUGCACAGCAAGGCACUUACUAUACACAGCCACUAUAUGCAGCCCCACCUCAUGUAAUUCAUCAUACCACAGUUGUCCAGCCGAAUGGAAUGCCUGCUGCCAUGUACCCACAACCAAUUCCAUCACCCAGAGCAAAUGGUGUUGCCAUGGGAAUGGUAGCUGGGACCACUAUGGCAAUGUCAGCAGGCACUUUGUUGACGACCCAUUCCCCAUCGCCAGUAGCUCCUCAUCCUGUUUCCAUGCCUGCUUAUAGGACUCCAGCAACACCGACUUACAACUAUGUACCCUCGCAGUGGUGAUCAAGUUGUCACUGGAAAAGUUGAAAGGUGGGAGAUAUGCAAUCAAACAAGUUUUAACACUUGGUGCUGAUUCCCACAUGCCUCCAACCAGGAUCCUUCCUUCCAGUUCAUCAAUGCUCUCAAUACUUGCCAAACACUACCAAAAAUAACACGAAGAUUAUCGUGGCUGCAUAUCUUGCAUCUUGGAACUCAGCAGUACUCAAGUCAUGAAAAACCUGUUUUGUGGACUGUCUUGCAAUUUUAUAGAUUAUACAAAAGGGAGUAUACGUAUAUUUGGAUUCAUAUCUAAUUCAAUGCAUGUUACAAAUGCUUGCUCAAAUCUACCUGCAAUGACUGAUGCAAAACCAUCAUAUGAAAAAUCCAAAGGAACUGAGAUACAAAAAAUUUGCAACUUAAUUUCAAUAAUGCAGAAUCAUUGUAUGUAAUGUCUCAAAAGAAAUUGUGCAAGUGAAUUUCUGUAACAGAAAGAAAAACUUCUGGCUGAUCUGUUAUGUUCAUUGUUUUUUUUAAAAAUGGGAACAGUUAAAUUACUUUAGCCAGUGUAUCAAUUUAAUUCUCGAGCAAUUGAUGCAUUUAGAGCACAACACCUGGAGGUAGUGUUCCGGUAGGCAUGAAAUGAAGCCUGAAGGCAUUGACUUACCAGCCCUUUUUCAUUUAAAACUGCAUUAGAUCCAGUGUUAUAUUUGGGAGAGGCAACCAUAGGGAUUAAAGCAUGAUGGAUAAAGGAAAUGUACUAACUUCUAAAGAAUCAGAAAUGGCCAGUAGUAAGGUAAAAUAACGUAUUUUUAUAUUCUUUGAUUUAAUACUUCAGUAAUAUACACCUCUGACUUCAAAUCAUGUCACUUGAUGAUUUGUAGUUCAUGAAUUUGGAAGUCUUUAAAUAUUCACAUUUUGUUCACAUCUAAAUUUUUCACUUCUUUGCCAAAUUCAAGAUCACUGGUCAUUUGGGCAAUAGAUAAAUAACAUUAUCAGUGCUUAAUACCAAUCCCUAAAUGGUAAUACUUCCAGGAUUAGGAUCCUGGUUGUAAUAAGACAUUUAAAGGCCUUGAUUGUUUUGAGCAUUAAAGAUAACAAAGGUAAUAAUUGUUUGGUCUUCACAUAAAUUUGAAUUAUCCAGAUCUGUUCAGGGUUUUGUAUCACAUCGGAUGACGUAAUUGUUUAAAGCAAGCUUGAAUAACAUUUUCAAUGGCAUUUAUGACUUCAUGCUUCCAAAUAUUCACACUAGUAUUAAACCAAAGGGGGUAAAUUUCAUGUUGCUGGUUUAAGGAAUCUGUCUAUUAUAUGCGUUUGAAAUCUGACUUUUGCAGGGCAUGCUAGUUUCUGCAGCAAUUGUGAUGUGCAGACUGUAACAGUUGAAAAACAGUUUUAAUGAUAAGAAAGGCAGGUAGUCUUUUUUUCAGCAUUUAAGAGCUUUCAUCCUGAUGUCUCUGUGCAUUUUAUUGCAGCAGAGGAUUGAGUUCCCAUGACCUGGUAAUGUCAUCAUUGAGUUUUCUUUUAGAUCAUAAACUGAAUAGUGCAAAUUGACAUGUCCUCCAAUGUUUCCUGUUUGGGCUAAUUGCCUUACCCAAAUGACUGAGUUAAAACUGAGUUAAACCCUACAGAAUUGGAGGAAUACUUGGAGGGAAAACAGAAGCUGAGUAAAUUCACUGGUACAUCUUUUGAAAAUGACAAGGUUAUUUGGGUGGGUCAAGAGUUUAGGAUUUUUUUGUGUAUAUAUUUCAUGGGACCUAACACUUUCAAUAAAGGAUGCUUGUUUUAUAACAUCAGGAAAAAAAAAUGAGUAUAAUGUUACCCUUUAAGAAAUUGAUAAUGAUAAUAGCCUUCAUUUAUCAUGAAGUGUCAUUUCAGAAGUGGCCCUAAACCCUAGCAAAUUCUAAUUGAUGAUUAAAAUUGUCUUGCAGUGCAGUAGAGGGCAUACAACUGUCUUCCUUUAUGUGUGUGUGAUAUGAUUGAUGUAGGGAGUUUAACAGGUUGCUGCUGGUAUCAUACAUGAUGCAUAAAGGAUCCAAACUUCUGUGGGGUUGUUACUUUCUAAACUCUUGUCAGAUUCUACGUGAAUUAGCACAAAUGGAGGAAAUUAGUCGUGGAAACCAUUUAUGUAGAGGAGUUAGUCAGUUAAUGAAUUAGAAUUGUUUUGAUAGUAGCUAGCAAAGAAAUAUUCAAGGGGAACAAGCACACAACUUUUAGACUCAAAUCUUUCCUAUUCCAUUUUUCUAUAUUGAACUUUUAUAAUGGAUUUAGCAUGUAUGUUAAUUUCAUGUUUAAAAUACUCCCGAGACCAGUUCUUCAACACAUUUUGGAUAGUCAGCGCUUUGCUGCUGGUAAUAGUAAUGGUCAAGGCAUUUAACUUCCAAAAAUAGAGCAUUAUGUAACUUAAUGGUUUGUCGUGAACUCAUUUAACAUCUAGUUUUGCAGACUGCAAAAAUGGAAUACUUCAGAUCUCCUAUGUAGCUGCAUUUCAGAAUGGCGGUGUGUGUGUUGAUGGGGACCUGAAGUUCUUUUACAAACCUUAUAUUAAAAUGGCACAAACAGGAAGUAAUUUUAAGAUUGUAAUUCUAUUCUUGAUUCCUCUUCAGUUUGGUGAGUUAGAUAAUUGAAGUCUUCACUCAUUUUUCAUCGUGAGAUUUCUGUGAUGUUCGCAGGCUGUUUCUACCUGAUGUUUACAGGGCUUGGAAACAAAUAUAACUCAAACGAAGUGAUCUUUAUUUAGGAAAGCUGUACUGUACUGUGGCUUUUUAAAAUCCUUGAACUUCACACAGUUACAGGCUAAAUUAACUUUCUAAAAGAUUCCCAAUUUAAAAAAAUAUCGUGUUUUUGGUGCUUGUUCUUUUAAAGAUUUAGAAGUAUAAAAUUUUACAUGAAAAGUGAACUUAAUUACCAAUCUGAAACCAACACUGUACACUGGACUAAUGCUUUAAUUUCCUCUAAAAGAAAUGCAUCUCCAAUGAAUUCUAUGUCAGCCCACCAACUAAACUGAUAUGUGCUGAAUUUUUGGUCUUAACUGCUAUUGUGGCAUCAAUGUGGACAAUGAGUACAGAAUGGAAAUUAGAGUGGUUUUUCAAAUAUACAGUCCUCGCUUAGGCCAUGGUCAUUUGGAAUCUGUUCUAGUUCUGUAGUAUUUGUUGCAUACCAGUGGUUAGUGGAUGAACAAGUUGUGAAGUUUAAAAAUAACAGUGCAGAACUGCUUUGGCAGUGUUCAUAGAUAGAUUGUACACUUCCUUUAAUGUAUAUUUUAAGGGAAAAAUAAUGGGUACUGAUGUGAAGGGAAAAAAAAAUAAACCAUGGAAGCCUAUCAAGGAUAAUGUUUAAUUUAAAGCACUGUUUAAAUCUGGGAAUUGCUUCAUGUUACACUGCUGUACAUGAACUCAUGCUGAGUUUGACAUUUAGUUGCUUUUUUAUUUUUUUAAACUUGGCAGACCAAAUUAUGCUUUAUUGCACAUUAUAACAAAUCACUCUCAUUUGGUGCUUUAGCCGCCCCUUAGUGUUCAUAUUUCUACUCACAUUUUGGUGAGUACUCAUACAUACAAUUUUUUUUUGAAAAGUGUGGAUGGAAGGGAAUCCAAAAUUUAAUUUUCUUUUAGCAUCCAGAAACUUACCAGGGGUCAUAUUUGAAAUUUGCAAAUGGAUGUACAACUUUACUGCACUUUGUAAUGCAUGCAGACUAGUUCUGAGCUACUGUUGUAUUGUUUUUAUAUAAAGGAACAUGUAAUUUAAGCGGACUAAACCUUCUCUUCUCCACUGUCCAAAGGUUCAGUUUGAGAGAACCGAAUUAACUGACCUGAGUUAAGAUAUUGUGCAAAUAGCCUCAUGCAAUUUUGAGACUUUGAAAUAUUUUCACACUGCUAUGGUGUACAUGCUUUUGCUCAGAAACUGGAAAGGAACAUCUGAUGUUGAAUUGUCUGUAUAAACAUAAACAUGACAUCUAAUUGAGUUUUCCAAUUAAUCGAAUGCUUUGUUAAUUCAUUCUCUUAAACUUGGUUGUAUGUAUUCUUACAGUGUCAUUUGGUAUUCAAUUAAAGUAAUUUGGCUUCAAGUGGGACAAAUGCAGAAGUCAGCACAGAUUCCUGGGCAAAUGCAUAUUUGUGUUCAAACAUUUAAUAGUUGAGUUGACAUAUUCCAAAAUGUUAGAUUCCUGUCAAGCAACUGGAUGCUAUUUUUCUCAUUAAUUCUUUGUAUGGUGAUGGAGAGGGUCUUUUUUUUCUCUCUGUUUUGCUUUGAGUAUCAGUUGGGAUGCAGUAGUGCUUAAUCUGAAGAGCCGUCAGUUGUGAGAAUUUCCCCUGACCACCCUAUUCAUCCUCCUGCUUAAAUUCCCAUCAGCCACUGAGCCAGCAUACUCAGCAGCAGUUGAGAUGGACAUGAUCCAAGAUAUUUCGCUCUUGUAAUAAGAGAUUGCAAUUUUGAAUUGCUGAAUUUUACUGAAUGAGUAGAUUUGUGUAUGUUGGUGUGCAGUAUAGUGCUGUAUGACAGCUUUUCUGUUCAAAGUAAAACACCGUAUUCGACACAGGCACAACAGAAUCACCGUAGAAAGUUUAUGUAUGUUUUUGUUAAGGGCACACUUUUAAAAAGAAAUUGACUAUUGAACACUAUGCUUAAUAAAUAUAAACAUAUUAUUUUGGUACUUAUUUAGUCUAGGUCAGUGUUGUCUUCCAAAAAGCAGUUUUAAAGCAAAGCACCGUUUUACAUUGGACAACAUAAACAAAUUUUGACAUUUCCUUUCUGAGCCAGUUCAAUUAUGUGUAAAUUCAUACAUUGUUAUUUUUUUAAAAGCAAUCUGACAAGUAGGUGAGCUCAGAUUUAAAAAAAGAAACUUCAAGGCAUGUUUAUUGUAACAAAAAUUGUUAUGUAUUAAUACUUAAGUUUUCAAUAAAGAUUGACUUGUGU